AUGUGUGCUUUUCCAUGAGCAAUAAAAAGGGCGGAAAUGGUGUUCAUGUUGAUCUCUAUUACAAUUUUCUGUACAGGUUCCGGAACUCUCGGAAUCGAGGAUGUACUUUUUUAAAUGCAGUGGAGCAGAAUGGUGUAGUACGUGGCCUAUCUUGUUCGAAAUCACAGCCUAUAGCAGUAGCGCAGAAUGAAGAAGCCUUAAUACGAUUAAGUGAAAGAUUUCCGGGCAUGGAAUCAUGUUUUGUAAUGUCACCCAAAGGGAACUGGACAUUUUCUGAUAAACCUGAAGAGCAUGAAGGGACGUCAUCGCAAGAGAAUUUGGCCUUCUGGGGUAAUUUCACAGCGGGUGACUGCGGCGUUCGUAUAAGAAAUGUCUCGAUGAGUGAUGCUGGGUCUUGGAGCCUAAUUAGUAUACAAACGAAUGGAAACUACUGUGAAUCUACAGAAGUAGAGUUAAAAUAUAUUGCUCCUGAAGAUAAAAACGUGAAAGUAAGCGCUGGAAGCCAUUUAUCAUGGGAUUCUAUGGUCGAUGAAGCUUCUUACUGCAGCAUAAAGAAGCCAGACGGAACUCAUUAUGAAAUGUUUGCUGGUUACUGCAAAGUGGACAUAGAUAAAGCUUAUUAUGGCGAUGCUGGUGCAUGGACUGUUUCACUAGGCUUCGAUGGCAAAAUGGAAGAGGUUGAGGUGACAGUAAACGUGGAAAUUGAAGAAUUAUCACUGGAGAGUGGAUUGGUGGUAGAUACAUUAAAUAAUGGUGCUAUAAACUUGUUCUGCAACCUGAAAAGUUCUUUCUACAGCGUGACUGCAUGUCGUUUCAUAAGACCUGGUGAUAAGGCUGGCUACAGAAUGACAGAAGGGGUUGGAAAUAACAAAUAUGUUUAUUUUGGAGAUGGUAUAAAGAAUAAUGAGUGUGGUAUAAUUAUUUUUAAACCUGAAGAUGUGGAUUAUGGAUCUUGGGAAUGCAUGCUCAUCAUCACAUCUAGCCAUGAUCAAAAACUUAUGACAUCUUUUGUUACUGUAGAAAAAGAAAAUUCGUCAUCUCCAAAAGGCAUGACAACUACUAAAAUAAAAUUCCUCCUCACAUACAGCCACAAGUCAGAGAAAUUUGAAAUUUCAGCUUUGAAACCUCAGGGAAAUGCCUUCAUAAAGCUGUGA